AUGAAGCAGCUCAAUCCCUUGUCGAGCAGUACGCCCGUGAUCCACCGGUCGCGGGCGUCGUCCACAUCGUCGCUGACGUCGUCGCCACUGAUGGGAUGGCGUGCCCUUGACCAUGUGCGCGUCGAAAUCAUCCGAGCGAACGUCCUCAAAAAC